AUGUUCAGACAAGCUAUCGCUACUUCAUCCCGCGCUAUGCGGUCCGGCUUGCGUACUCAGGCCACCAAGUCUGUUUUCCAAAACCAGUUUCAGAGCUCCCCUGCUUUCAGGAUACGCGCCGCACAACCCGCCGUUGCAAGAUGGUAUAGCGAUGCCAAGGAGACCACCGAGGCCCCCAAGGAGGGUGAGAAGCCCGCCGACGAUGCCGAGUCUGCUUUGAAGAAGCAGUUGGAGGCUAAGGAGAAGGAGGCUGCCGACUGGAAGGACAAGUGCCUGCGCACCGUCGCCGAUUUCCGCAACCUUCAGGACCGCACACAGCGCGAGGUCAAGCAGGCGCGCGACUUCGCCCUACAGAAGUUCGCCAAGGACCUUAUCGACAGCAUUGACAACCUGGACCGCGCCCUCUCUAUGGUGCCCAAGGACAAGAUCAACGCCCCUGAGAAGACGGGCGACCUGCAGGAUCUUGCCAACCUGUACGAAGGUCUUAAGAUGACCGACGACAUUCUUAUGUCGACGCUCAAGAAGCACGGCAUUGAGCGCUUCGACCCCGAGGGCGAAAAGUUCAACCCCAACGAACACGACGCUACCUUCAUGGCGCCCCAGCCCGAUAAGGAGGACAACACCGUUUUCCAUGUUCAGCAGAAGGGCUUCAAGCUCAACGGUCGCGUCAUGCGUGCCGCCAAGGUCGGCGUCGUCAAGAAUGCUUAA